UGACACAGAAUGGAGAGAAGCUGACGCACGUUAUUUACCGGACCGUUAACUUUCCUCCUGUAGCCUUUGCUUAUGCCACCGCAGAAUAAAUGAGGCGCUAAACGAAGCAGGAACACCCUAAAGUUACUUUUCAAUACUUUUGACAAGUGAAGAGCUGAGGAUUUAUUUUUAUAUUUGUGUGUUUUCUCCGUUUUUGGAAACUUUUACCGCGUUAUUACGCACGAUGCGCAAAGUGAUGGCUUCUCCGCUGAGGCACAGAACGGGAGUGCAGCAAAGCUUUUAUGUCUUUCUCUUUAUUUCGCUGGCUUGCUCUUACAAUAUAGACUUAGAACAUCCUUUGGUGUUCCAAGGACCAAGUUCUAGUUUUUUUGGCUACUCUGUGUUGGAACAUUUUCAUGACAACACACGCUGGAUAAUAGUGGGAGCACCCAAGGCAAACUCUUCCUAUAGUAGCUCGGUGCGCUCUCCUGGAGCUGUGUAUAAGUGUCGGGUUCACAGUAACCCAGAGCGGCGUUGCACAGAGAUGGAUCUGGGAAGAGGAAACAAGCCCAGAGAGUCUUGCGGGAAGACGUGCCAAGGAGACAGGGAUGACGAGUGGAUGGGUGUCAGCCUGGCCCGUCAGGACCGGACCAGCGGGAAAAUACUGGCUUGUGCUCACCGCUGGAAAAACGUCUACUACGACUCAGAACACAUCCUUCCCCAUGGGUACUGCUCCAUCAUCCCCCCAACGCUCCAGGGAAGGACAAUACCGCUCAUCCCUUGUUAUGAAGACUAUAAGCAGAAGUAUGGGGAAGAGCAUGGCUCGUGCCAAGCUGGGAUAGCGGGAGUUUUCACAGAGGAGCUGGUGGUAAUGGGGGCUCCGGGGUCGUACUACUGGACCGGUACCGUAAAGGUGUACAAUAUGACUUCUGACACCUUUUACAGCCCGAACAAAGACAACAUCGACUCACACAGAUACAGCUACCUUGGCUAUGCUGUGACUGCUGGACACUUCUCCUCUCCUAAUGCAAUAGACGUAGCUGCCGGGGCACCUCAGCACAACGGCAUUGGAAAAGUUUACAUUUUUAAACUUGAUGGCGGGUCUUUGGUGAAGAGUUUUCAAGCCUCAGGGAAAAUGAUGGGCUCUUACUUUGGCUCCUCAUUGUGUGCAGUUGAUCUGAACCAGGACGGCCUGUCGGACCUGCUGGUGGGGGCACCCAUGCACAGCCAGCUCCGGGACGAGGGCCAGGUGUCUGUAUAUCUAAGCAGGGGCAACGGGGUGAUGGAGGAGGAUGCAGUCUUGACUGGCGACGGUGCUUUUAAUGGACACUUUGGAGAGUGCAUCGCAGCAAUUGGAGAUAUAGAUGAUGAUGGUUAUCAAGACGUAGCCAUCGGUGCACCUAAAGAGGAUGACUAUGGAGGGGCGGUCUUUAUCUACCACGGAGACGCCACAGGAAUUACCAGAAAAUACUCAAUGAAACUAUCUGGGCGCAGUGUAAGCCCUGGGCUGCAGAUGUUCGGCCAGUCCAUCUCGGGUAAUGUGGACAUGGAUGGCAAUGGUUAUGCAGAUAUCACCAUUGGAGCUUUUAUGGCAGACAGUGUGGUUCUGUUGAGGUCACGGCCUGUCAUUACAGUGGAUGUCUCAAUCUUCCUACCCAUCUCCAUCAACAUCUCUGUGCCCCAAUGCCACGAAGGUCACCAGAACCUGAACUGCUUCAACAUCACCGUCUGCAUGUGCUUCAGGGGAAGGGAGGUUCCUGGAGAAAUAGAGCUGCUGUACAACCUCACUGCUGAUGUGGAUAAGCGACAGAAAAGCCAGCCUUCCAGGAUUUAUUUCAUUCAAGCUGGAUCUCAGAUCAGCCAAAUGAACCAGCAGCUGAGCCUGGAAAUCAACAGAGAAAAGUGCCAGCGCUACACUGCCUACGUAAAGAAAGAAGUGAAGGAUGUGUUCACAGCCAUCACAUUUGAGGUGGCCUACAGCCUGGGGAAGCAUGUGAUGAUGCCACACCAGGAACGAGAACUACCUGCGCUCAACCCAGUGCUGCGAUGGAGGAAAGGAAACAAGAUUGCGGUCAAGAAUGAGACCUGGUUUGAGAAGAACUGCCUGUCAGAGGACUGUGCUGCAGACCUGAGGCUUCAUGGGAAGCUCCUGCUUUCUGGACUUCAUAUCAGACCACAUUUGGCUCUUGGCGGAGUGCGUAAUGUCUCCUUGAAUGUGACAAUCUCCAACACUGGAGACGAUGCCUAUGACACCAACAUCUACUUCAACUUCUCCAGAGAAGUUUUCUACAUCAACUUCUGGCAAAAGGAAGAGAAGGGUAUUUCCUGUGGACUUAUCGAUUUGGAGUUUCUCAAGUGCAGUGUGGGAUUUCCCUUCAUGAGAGCUCAAUCGAAGUACCAUUUGGCAAUACUUUUUGACACAAGUCAGGUUUCAGGGCAAAAUGACACAUUGCAGUUCUUGGUUCAAGCAAAAAGCGCCAACCCAGAGCACAAACUUUCCGACAACAGCUUAGACCUGUCCAUCCCUCUGAUCCACGAGACCGACACAACUAUUACUGGUGUGGUGACACCAGGCUCCUUUGUAUAUGGAAACUCUAUUGACGCCUCACGUUUUGUCCAAUUGGAAGACAUGAAGUGCAACUUUCAGCCUCUCAAUCUGACUUUCCAGGCCAUUAACAAGGGGCCCAGCAGGCUGCCCGGCUCCACUGUGGACAUCAGAAUACCCAACCGGCUUGCUGGUAACGGAGCUGACAUGUUCCAUGUAGUGGAAAUCCAAGUGUCAGAUAGUCGAGGGAACUGCACCCCUCACAGGAACCCAACGCCGUGCACCAUCCCCCAGGACAAAGAAAGCAUCUUCCACUCUAUAUUUGCCUUCUUCACUAAAUCUGGGCGCAAAGUCUUGGACUGUGAUCGGCCUGGAAGAGCAUGUAUGACAAUCUCCUGCAGUCUGGGUCCACAGUUAAAAGAGGAAGCUUUGAGCAUAGAUAUAAAACUUCUGCUGAACACGGAAAUUUUAAAAAUAGAUAGUUCCUCCGUGAUCCAGUUUGUGACAAGAGGCAGUGUUCAAGUAAAUCACAGAGCGAUCGAGGUGCCAAAUGGGCUGCCAGAAGAUAUUUCACUGGUGUUUGAGGCUCUCCACAGUCAGGAGCCGAGGGGUUACGUUGUCGGCUGGAUCAUUGCCAUCAGUCUCCUGGUGGGAAUUCUCAUCUUUCUGCUGCUGGCUGUGCUACUCUGGAAGAUGGGUUUCUUCCGUCGCCACUACAGAGAGAUCAUUGAAGCUGAAAAAAACCGGAAAGACAGUGAUGAAAGCUGGGACUGGAUGGACAAGGACCACUGAGACAUUCAAUUGGGGCCCAAGCAGAGCCAGUGAGAUUAAGGUGAAGACAGAUCCAAUAGCACUGGGAGCCCAGUGGCAGCAGAUUCUUCAAAGUCUUUCAUAUGUGGAAGAGAAGAUUAUUCUCCAUAUUUUCUGGAGACUGUUUUAUUUUUCUGCAGAUGGGCUGGGGUGGGGUUCAAGGGAACAGGUUUCUGAGGUGAAUACGUGGCUUACAGAAGGAUACUGAUUGCAGAAAUCAGCUAUUCUGUGAUGAGGGAACUCUACGUUGGUGGAGCCGAACUGUGGACCCAUCCCUGUAGUGGGGACAUGGAGAGGGCAUAAAUUACUGGUGGACAACAAAACCCUCAGGGCUGUGUUACAUAGCAAAUUUAUUUUUAUACAUACACUUUCAAGCCAUAUUAGAAAAGUAAGCUUUGAGAGAAGCAGAGGUUGUUAUUGCCAUUAGAAACAUUCUGUAUCUACAGUUUGUUUUUCUUAAAAGCACUGAUGUUUGAUAAGAAUGAAUGCAUUUGCUCCAAAGUGUUUAAUUUUGUGCCAGAGAUAUGUCUUUUGUAAUAUAUGAGUGGAAAUGUCUGUAUUUUCAGCUCUUCGCUGUUAAAGUACCUAGAAGAUGAUGCAGAUGCUUUUCAGUAAAUUAGAAUAAAAUAAAAACAAUCUAUUAUUUCAGUAAUUUAAUUCCAAAAAAUGAAAUUACUGUUAACAAGUUACACACAGAGCGCUGUACUUGAAGCUAUUGUCUGUUAGUUUUUGAUGUUUUGAUACUUAAAGCUAAAGAAAUCCUCAAAUUCAGUUUCUCAGAAUAUCAGAAUGACAUGAGACCAAUAAAAAUUGAUUUUUGAUAAAGAAAUUAAAGAACAUUGUUUAGUUAUCACUUGUAUGAGGAGUACUGCUGACUGGACAUAUGUCCAGUAGACAGUUAUUAACACCCUCCACAAAGAGAGUAAGCUAUAAAAGGUAAUUGCUAAAGAGACUGUUUACGGAGUGCUGAAUCCAAGCAAAUUAAUGGAACGUUAAAUGAAAGGAAAACAUGUGGCAAAGAAUGCUGCACAUAUAACAUGUGUAGCCACAGUGCUAAGACAUCUAUCACUCAGUGUGACAUGAUAUAUGAUUUCCACUUUUUGAAUGGAAUUACUGAAAUAAGUAAACUAUUUCAUGAUAUUCUAAUUUAUUGAGACACAUCUGUAUCUUUUCUGUACCUUUUGCUUUUUGUGUAACUUUAUUUCUACACAUCUGACUGCAUCCCUCUUAGAAAUAAUUUUAAAAACGUAUAAGCUCAAAAGACGAAGAUCCAGGAGCAUUGUUCAUUGCUAUGUGGUAAUCAACUGUCAUCAAGCACUGUAGAGCUAUCAGUUAUAACUUUAUUACUUUUGACUAUUUUCUUUAAUGUGUAAAAUACAAAAUAUUGUUCCAUCAUAUCAUUCAUGUUUCAUGCUUUCUAAGUGUGAUUAGCCCUUUGCUCUUCUCUGACAUUUUGAAUUUAGACAUGUUUAAAUUGAACCAUGCUUUUGCUUAAGUAUGCGUCAGAUUUUUCAGGUUCACCCCUCAGAAAAUUAACUAUUUCCUCUUUGGUUUUGCUUUUUUUCAAAGCUAUUCUUUACUUUAUUUGUAUUAUUAAAUGUUGGGUUUUAGAGACAGGUAGGAGAUUUCCAUUGCCGGAUUAAAGCCAGCAAAGCUAGUCCAUCUACAGUGUUUUACAGGGGGCCAGUGGGAUGAGUAAUGUUCUAAAAAUACAUGGGACUUAGCUGCACUCAAUCGCUACAGAGAAACAAGUUCUUUGGGGCUUGUGGGAAUAACUCACUUUAAGAAAAAAGGGCCCUAAAGGGUAUAUUAGCUUUUGAUUUCACAGCAAGGUUAGUGCUUAGUGCAUCAAGCUUUAAAUAAAAGGUUCUUAACAAAAUCAGAACAUUUACAUGUCUACGCAUUUAAUAAGCCUAUUGGAAAAUAACAUAAAAAAACUGACCCCACUUUUCCACUUUUUACUUUUGAAAAAUAAAAAAUACCAUAUUUAUACAAGACCAGAUUUACAUUAAAAGUGCAAUUCUUAAGAACACAAAUGUUUCCAAACUUGCUCAGACUUAAGCUCUAAGCCACUUUAUAGCUACUUAUAGCUAAAGUUUUCACUCUUUUAUUGUCCAGAAUAUUUUGUCACCAUUGCGUUUCACUGGCAUUACAGCAGCGUAUACUGUACACCUUCACGCCCUCUCUCUGCACCAGUGUAAAAGAUGUUAAACUUCAUUUAUGAAUUCAUUUAAGAAAACGACACUUGACUUUUGUUUUGUUCUGUUUUUGUAAAAGUCUAACUGUGAUGAUUCAGUGUUGGGUGCCUUCGUUAAUCACACCGAUGUUGGGACUUUUGUUCUGAGUGUACUACUGUCAGUGAGUAUCAUUUCCAUUAUAGUGUGCUGUACCUUUGAUGUUUAAAGUCAUGUCUGAGCUGUAUAUUUAUCUGCCGAUAAAUUUCUAAGUGAAAUAUC